AUCAACACUGCGCAUGCGUCGGCCCGUCGACCCCGCCGAGCGGAAGCGCCGGAAGCGCAUCUACAACCGUCAGAAGCAGCAGAUCUACCGCCAGAACACGCUGGACGAGAUCCGUGCGCUACAGGCGCUUGUGCCCGAGCUCGAGGCGCAGCUUCACGCGCUGCAGCAGCAGCAACCGCCCUCGACCUGCUUACCCUGGCGCGACGUGGCACUUGCGCUGCACGAUGGCACGCAGACGAGCCACGCCGACAACUCAGAGCUUAUAGCCAAGAAGUCGACCAACCGCACGCUUCUGCGCGCGAUGGUCACGUGGGUUGCGACGCAGCGCGGUCUUGCGGCGACACCGCGGUGUACGACGCCGUCGUGGCGCCAUGUAACGCUUCUGGCGGCACCAGACGCGCGAAAACUGGGCGUCGACUGGAUCACUCAGCACGUGCUGCACAACACGGACCGGAUUCUCGCGCAAUACGGGCUGCCAAGCACGGCCGACGUCCCUGGCGUCCUCCACCUCGAAGGCAUCCAGGACGAGUGCAUGCAGUAUACGAUCGUGGAUCAGAAGACUUACCCGGCGUCGCUCUCGGCCCACGCGGCCUUUGUCCGCGCCAAGCUCGCGAGCUGGUUGCACGGCAACCUUGUUGGCCAUCGCGACGCGCUCGACCUCCUCGACACCAACCUCGUCCACGAAGUCGACCCGCGCCUGCUCUACAUCCACAGCCAGAGCGUUGCGCAGGGCUCGAGCCAUUACAUGCUUUUCCGCGAGUGCCACGUCUCCGAGUCCCGCAUCGUCUUCGUGGGGCAAAACAUCCACGACGACGAAGCGCUGCCGAAACAAGCGCUGACUUGCAAUCGCACGUUCUGGGUCGUGCUGGACCGGUGCGACGAUGGCCGCGUCACACAACGCAUGGUGCUGCAGCGGUCCCAACACUAUACUAAAGACGGGUUUGUGUCGCUCGAUGAAGAGGCCCACCUGUGGGGCUGCGACCUUCGGCACUGCACGACCGACGACGAGAAGGCGGCGCGCUUCCAGAGUGAGCUCACGGCGCUCCAGACAAAAAUGCACCGAUUAGCGUGGGUGCACUUGAUAGCAUCGCCGUAA